AUGAGAAUACUGUUGGUUCUUGCUACAGUCGUGCUGCUGCAACCCAAACCCCUAGCCGAAUGUAUAAUCAGGCUUUCGUCACUGGGAACAAUUUAUCUCCCAUAUGGAUUCGACGAUAACGGUGAACCGAUGUUUGAGAUGGGCAGGGGAGCAGCUGAACAAAGCGCCUUCGAUGAUCUUUACAACAUUAUAUACGUCAUAGGGGAAACUGGCUUGAUUCACGUCGUCGACGCCAGCGACCCGAUGAACCUGAAAUUAGUUCACACUACCAUACAAACUAACGUGAUGACGGAUGUAGAAGUAUGUGGUAGUUACGUUGCCAUAACAAUGCCGGACGACUUUGUACCGGGUAACGGUAAAUUGCUCCUCUAUAGUUUGUAUAAUCCGCUCAGAGGGAAUAUGAAAUUGAUGUAUAUGCUACCGGUUGGUCCUAAUCCGGACAAUCUUCAAUGUACCGCUGACGGUAAAACAAUUUUAGUGGCGAACGAGGGAGAAGCCGGAAUCGACGAAUAUGGCAAUUUUCAUGACCCUGAGGGCAGUGUUUCCAUCAUAAAAUUAAGCAGUGGUGACUUAAGUGUAGAUCCGUUAAUUAUCAACCAGGAUACAGCUUGGCUUAAUGUAUUUAAUGACAAGGCUGACGAGUAUGUUGCCAAUGGUGUGCGAUGGAUAUAUCAUGGCGAGGGAAGUGGACAGAUGACCACAUUCUCCCAGGACCUGGAACCGGAAUCAUUGACUAUAUCUGAAGACGAAAAGACGGCCUACGUCGUACUACAGAUAUUAAACAUGGUAAAUUCAAAGAACUUUUUGCUCUGGGGUAUAAAUAAUUGGAAUACAUCUGUAAUGGAUGCCAGCGAUGAAGAUGGAGGCAUUAACCUGCACUACUGGCCAAUUUAUGGAAUAUAUCAGCCUGAUAUCAUCCAAUAUUUUGCAAUAGACGGGGAAGGAUAUAUUGCAACGGCCAAUGAGGGCGCUAAUAAAGAGUUUUACGUUACAGACGAUUAUGCGUUUUCUGAAGUAAUCCGUGGUGAAGACUUCGUGAUAGGUAUUUGCUAUAAUGCAGUUUUAUGA